AUGAUGCGAUGCUUCUACAUUAGAACCCAUGAACCGAAGAAUCCAAGAAUAUUGGCACAAGAUGUAUUUAAUCUGUUACACGUAACUGUUCAUACUAAUUUCGACCAGUUUGGGGCAGUGAUUGAUGAUAUUAAACAACUCUGUGCCUAUGCAGGGAAAAAUAUUCCUUCUGAUAGGGACAUGCUUGACCAAAUUAUUUCAAAAUUUGGAAAGAAUCCUUAUAAUACUCUUGAGAGCAGGGAGUUAUAUAGAAUUCUUCAAGGUGCAACGACUGUUGAAAAUUUAAUUGAGUUGGGAGUCCACCAUAAAAAUUCAGCAACUUUUUGCAUCGAAUCUUAUGACCCAGCAAAGAUUACCCAACAUGUGAAAGCUCAACAGAAAAAAAGGAAAGGAAAACAGUAUUGUUUUAACUGUGGAAAACAAGGUCAUUAUAAGGCACAAUGUUAUGCACUCAGAAAUAUGUAG